AUGGAGAACAGAUCCAAGGUGAAUUCAUUCAUCCUUUUAGGAUUAACAGAGACCCCAGUGUUUCAGGGUUCUCUGUUCAUAAUAGUCAGCCUCAUCUAUCUCAUCACCCUGGUAGGGAACCUGGGAAUGGUAGCUCUGAUUUCCCAUGAUUCCUGCCUCCAUACUCCUAUGUACUUUUUCCUCAGGAAUCUAUCUCUGGUAGAUUUUGGACUUUCCUCAACUAUUAUUCCCAAGGUGAUGACUGGGCUCCUCACAGGGGACAUGGUCAUCUCUUAUAAUGGAUGUGCUACUCAGUUGUUCUUCUUUGUGGCUUUUGCUGGUAUUGAAAGUUUUCUUUUAGCCUUCAUGGCCUAUGAUCGCCAUGCAGCUGUGUGUAGACCCCUACAUUAUGCCACUACUAUGACUUCAAAAAUGAUCAUUAAAUGGAUCCUUCUCAUUUCUCGUUAUAUUUUCUCUUAUUUAUUAAUAUUCAUCACAAUCCUGAAGAUCCGUUCUGCUAAUGGGCGUCAAAAAGCUUUUUCCACCUGUGCUUCCCAUCUCACUGCAGUGUUCAUAUUUUAUGGGACGUGCACUUUCAUGUACUUUCAACCCAGCUCAAGCUAUUCAAUGGACUCUGACAAAAUGGUGUCAGUAUUCUACACCAUGGUUAUCCCUAUGUUGAAUCCUCUCAUCUAUAGUCUAAGAAACAAAGAAGUUAAGAAUGCUUUCAGAAAAGCUAUAAGAAGACAAUGCCUUCAAUUUGAUUAUGCUUUUUAA